CACAGCUACAACUGUACCACCAACUACAAGACAAACACCUGAAUUGAUAACUACUACCGUACACACAACAUAUCCAACAACAACAUCAGGACCAACAACCACAGAAACACCUGAAUCUACAUCUACUCUAGCUCGAACCACAACAAAUGGAGAAUUAACAACUACAAUAGAGUCAACCACAGCUACGACUGCACCAUCAACUACAUCACCAAAACCAGAAUUGAGUACUAGCAUUGCACCCACAACACAGCCAACAACAACCUCAGGACCAACACCAACAGAAACACCUGAAUUUACAUCUACUCUAGCUCCAACCACUACAAAUAAAGACUCAACAAGUACAGUAGAGACAACCACAGCUACAACUGUACUGUCAACUACAUCACCAAAGUCAGAAUUCAGUUCUAGCACUGUACCCACGACACCUGAAUCUACAUCUACUCUAGCUCCAACCACUACAAAUAAAGACUCAACAACUACAGUAGAGACAACGACAGCUACAACUGUACCACCAACUACAACACAAACACCUGAAUUGAUAACUAGUACCGUACACAUAACAUAUCCAACAACAACCUCAGGACCAACAACAACAGAAACACCUGAAUCUACAUCUACUCUAGCUCCAACCACUACAAAUGGAAAAUCAACAACUACAAUAGAGUCAACCACAGCUACGACUGCACCAUCAACUACAUCACCAAGACCAGAAUUGAGUACUAGCAUUGCAUCCACAACACAGCCUUCAACAACCUCAGGACCAACAACCACAAAAACACCUGAAUUUACAUCUACUCUAGCUCCAACCACUACAAAUGGAGAAUCAACAACUACAAUAAAGUCAACCACAGCUACGACUGCACCAUCAACUACAUUACAAAAACCAGAAAUGAGUACUAGCAUUGCAUCCACAACACAGCCAACAACAACCUCAGGACCAACAAUCACAGAAACACCUGAAUUUACAUCUACUCUAGCUCAAACCACUAAAAAUAAAGACUCAACAACUACAGUAGAGACAACCACAGCUACAACUGUACCACCAACUACAUCACCAAAGUCAGAAUUGAGUUCUAGCACUGUACCCACGACACCUGAAUCUACAUCUACUCUAGCUCCAACCACUACAAAUGGAAAAUCAACAACUACAGUAGAGUCAACCACAGCUACGACUGCACCAUCAACUACAUCACCAAAACCAGAAAUGAGUACUAGCAUUGCAUCCACAACACAGCCAACAACAACCUCAGGACCAACAAUCACAGAAACACCUGAAUUUACAUCUACUCUAGCUCCAACCACUACAAAUAAAGACUCAACAACUACAGUAGAGACAACCACAGCUACAACUGUACUGUCAACUACAUCAAAAAAGGCAGAAUUCAGUUCUAGCACUGUACCCACGACCCCUGAAUCUACAUCUACUCUAGCUCAAACCACUACAAAUAAAGACUCAACAACUACAGUAGAGACAACCACAGCUACAACUGUACCACCAACUACAACACAAACACCUGAAUUGAUAACUAGUUCCGUACACAUAACAUAUCCAACAACAACAUCAGGACCAACAACAACAGAAACACCUGAAUUUACAUCUACUCUAGCUCCAACCACUACAAAUGGAAAAUCAACAACUACAAUAGAGUCAACCACAGCUACGACUGCACCAUCAACUACAUCACCAAAAUCAGAAAUUAUUACUAGCAUUGCAUCCACAACACAGCCAACAACAACCUCAGGACCAACAAUCACAGAAACACCUGAAUUGAUAACUAGUACCGUACACAUAACAUAUCCAACAACAACAUCAGGACCAACAACCACAGAAACACCUCAAUCUACAUCUACUCUAGCUCCAACCACUACAAAUGGAGAAUCAACAACUACAAUAGAGUCAACCACAGCUACGACUGCACCAUCAACUACAUCACCAAAACCAGAAAUUAGUACUAGCAUUGCAUCGACAACACAGCCAACAACAACCUCAGGACCAACAAUCACAGAAACACCUGAAUUUACAUCUACUCUAGCUCCAACCACUACAAAUGGAAAAUCAACAACUACAAUAGAGUCAACCACAGCUACGACUGCACCAUCAACUACAUCACCAAAAUCAGAAAUUAUUACUAGCAUUGCAUCCACAACACAGCCAACAACAACCUCAGGACCAACAAUCACAGAAACACCUGAAUUGAUAACUAGUACCGUACACAUAACAUAUCCAACAACAACAUCAGGACCAACAACCACAGAAACACCUCAAUCUACAUCUACUCUAGCUACAACCACUACAAAUAAAGACUCAACAACUAGAGUAGAGACAACCACAGUUACAACUGUACCACCAACUACAUCACCAAAGUCAGAAUUCAGUUCUAGCGCUGUACCCACAACACCUGAAUCUACAUCUACUCUAGCUCCAACCACUACAAAUAAAGACUCAACAACUACAAUAGAGUCAACCACAGCUACGACUGCACCAUCAACUACAUCACCAAAACCAGAAAUGAGUACUAGCACUGCAUCCACAAUACAGCCAACAACAACCUCAGGACCAACAAUCACAGAAACCCCUGAAUUUACAUCUACUCUAGCUCCAACCACUACAAAUAAAGACUCAACAACUACAGUAGAGACAACCACAGCUACAACUGUACUAUCAACUACAUCACCAAAACCAGAAUUGAGUACUAGCAUUGCAUCCACAACACAGCCUUCAACAACCUCAGGACCAACAACCUCAAAAACACCUGAAUCUACAUCUACUCUAGCUCCAACCACUACAAAUGGAGAAUCAACAACUACAAUAGAGUCAACCACAGCUACGACUGCACCAUCAACUACAUCACCAAAGGCAGAAUUGAGUUCUAGCACUGUACCCACUACACCUGAAUCUACAUCUACUCUAGCUCCAACCACUACAAAUAAAGACUCAACAACUACAGUAGAGACAACCACAGCUACAACUGUACCACCAACUACAACACAAACACCUGAAUUGAGUAGUGGCAUUGCAUCCACAACACAGCCAACAACAACCUCAGGACCAACAACCACAGAAACACCUGAAUCUACAUCUACUCUAGCUCCAACCACUACAAAUAAAGACGCAACAACUACAGUAGAGACAACCACAGCUACAACUGUACCACCAACUACAUCACCAAAGUCAGAAUUGAGUUCUAGCACUGUACCCACGACACCUGAAUCUACAUCUACUCUAGCUCCAACCACUACAAAUAAAGACUCAACAACUACAAUAGAGUCAACCACAGCUACGACUGCACCAUCAACUACAUCACCAAAACCAGAAAUGAGUACUAGCAUUGCAUCCACAAUACAGCCAACAACAACCUCAGGACCAACAACCACAAAAACACCAAUUGAGUACUAG